GUACUUUACAUCAUGUUAUCCUUGCCCCAAUUCCUUCCAUCCAAACGAUCACGUAGGUUUACAUAAGCGACGAUAAAUAAGUAAUUCUAACUUGAGCUAAAGAAUGUUCUUUAUUAGACAAUUACCUACACAAGCACGUCAAUUUACAGCAUCCUCACUUCGCUUGAAGCACACCCUUCCACCUCUCCCAUACGCCUAUAAUGCGCUUGAGCCAUACAUUAAUGAGGAUAUUAUGACCACACACCAUUCAAAGCAUCACGCUACUUACGUCAAUGGUCUCAACGCUGCCGAGGAAUCUUACGUCAAGGCCCAAUCAGCUAACGAUGUUAAAUCAUUGAUUGCUCUCCAACCAGCUCUCAAGUUCAACGGUGGUGGCCAUAUCAACCACACACUCUUCUGGAAAAAUCUCACACCAGAAUCUGGAAAAACUAAGCCAACUGGAGCUUUAGCAGACCAAAUCAACAAAGACUUUGGCUCUUUUGACACUCUCAAGACUAAGCUCAACACAGCUACUGCUGGUAUCCAGGGUUCUGGCUGGGGAUGGUUAGGAUACAACAAGGAAGCAAAGAGACUUGAAAUCGCUACCACAGCCAACCAAGAUCCUCUCACUCACCUCGUACCAUUACUCGGUAUUGACAUUUGGGAGCACGCUUUCUACCUCCAAUACAAGAAUGUCAAGCCAGACUAUCUUAACGCUAUUUGGAAUGUUAUGAACCUUGAAGAAGCAGGUCAGCGUUUUGAUGCUGCUCAAUAAACUUAUUUAAUGUAAUUAAUUACGAAUUAAUGCGUGCAUUUCUUCAAAUUUACAUGUUUAUGAACGUUU